AUGUCCUCCCAGCAGAGCGUGGCUUCCGCCAAAGGCUUUUCCAAGGGAUCUUCCCAGGGCCCUGCGCCGUGUCCCGCUCCCGCACCCACAGCCUCGUCUUCCUGCUGUGGCUGCUGUGGUUCCAGCGGCGGUGGCUGCUGUGGCUCUGGAGGCUGCUGUGGCUCCAGCGGCUGUGGCUGCUUCCCCAGGAGGCGCCGCCGACAGCGUCGAAGCGGGUGCUGCAGCUGCUGCGGGGGUGGCAGCCAGAGCUCCAGCAACGUCCAGAGCCAAGGCUGCUGUGGUGGCUGCUGAGGCCCCCGCCACCCUGUGAGCUGCUUGAGGCUGCCGCUGAGCCCUGUUUCCCAACCCAAGUCCCUGCUGCAUGUCACCAUGCUCCUGCUCGGGGCUAGGUUGGGGUGUGCCUCCCUUCCCCGCCCCCCACAACCUACCUGCACUGGAUGUUCCAAAACCCACCCUGUCCUCAGGCCCACCAAACACUUUGA